AUUCGCAAUACUCUCUUCUUUACCCAGUAACUGAAUCCUGAAUGCACAGCAUCGCAAGAACGACACCACUUUUUCACAAACACUCCUUCAGCAAAAUGCAGACAAAUGUGGCCGAUGUGGUUGCAAUACUGUUAUAGAGACCUCUAAAAUCUUUGUAUUGCGGAUACAAUUGCAGUCUAACUUUAGUUUAGAACUAUGCCAUCAACCAUUGAUCCGAAUCCUUUACAAUGAGUAAUUUUGUUGUUAGUGUAAAUGAUAAAAUCGAUUCUCCCAAGCACUGAUUGUUGUUUUUGACGUCAACACACUCUCAACUUAGCCAUAUUUUGGUGGUAGAAUCAAAUUGAGUCAAAAUUGAGUGGUGUGCUUAAUUAAAUGGGGGGUGAGGAGAGGAGUGAAAAAACCAGGAGAGUGGUUUUUGUGACUGUAGGGACGACUUGUUUCGAUGCACUUGUAAGAGCUAUGGAUUCUGAAAAUGUAAAGAAAGAGUUGCUUGCAAAAGGGUAUACCCAUCUUCUCAUCCAAAUGGGUCGUGGAUCCUAUGUUCCUACCAAGUCUGAAGGAGAAGGUUCACUAUCUGUAGAUCACUUCACUUUUUCUUCAAGUAUUGCAGACCAUCUCAGAUCUGCUUCUCUUGUCAUUAGCCAUGCAGGGUCAGGUAGCAUAUUUGAGACAUUGCGGCUACGCAAACCAUUAAUUGUGGUUGUAAAUGAAGAUUUGAUGGAUAAUCAUCAAAGUGAGCUUGCAGAAGAACUUGCCAAUAGAAAACAUCUGUAUUGUGCAAGUCCUCAAACACUCCAUCAAACUAUAGCAGAUAUGGACCUAAAUUCUCUCCUUCCUUACACUCCAGGUCAUGCUACACCAGUGGCCAACCAUAUAAACAGAUUCCUUGGUUUUCCGGAUGAUUGAUCUAAAGUCUUUCAUUUUUUUUUCUUGUUAAAAUUCUAGAUGACGGGUAAUAAUAUCUAUUUUGGUACUCCCUCUCUUCUUUUUUAGUUGGCAGGUUCUUAAGAAAAAUUUGUUCUUAUUUGUGUUUCGAUUGUAAACUUUAAUGUUAUAUUGACUACUUUUUUGUCGAUUAUACCUUUUAUGAAUUAUUUUACACUUA